AUGCCAUCCUCGAGCUCUUGCUUAACAAAGAAUGGGUACAAGGAGGAGAGGUGCCAAUCGGUUAUCAAAGCCCUCUAUGAGUGCUGUGAAGUAUUCUACGACCGCUACGGGGACAACGCGACCUCACCUAGUUGCCCUAAACCAAAACUUCUCCGGCUCAAGUUGGAGCAGCUGAAGGGCCAAUAA